UGGGUAUAUUUAUUGUUCACAGCAAAGUGGCAAAAGAUUCUGGGGUUUAUUCAAAGACAUAUGUGGGUCACCUGAAAACUUUUUCAAGACUAGUUUUGUGUACAACUACCUGCCACAACAGUGGAUGAAAAAAAAUGGCUGUAAUGUUACCCCCGGAGAUCUUAAGCCCUCACAAGUGGAAAAAUUAUAUAGCAUAUGUGACCCUUUCUUCACAAAAGUACUGGACCUGUAUGAUGUAAAGACCAUAGUGGCUGUGGGAAAAUUCUGUGAAACCAGAGCUCGGAAAGCUAUAAAGAAGUAUCUGCCUUCAAGCAAUAUUGAGAUUUUGUAUUUGCCCCACCCCAGCCCUAGAUCAGUGAACAACAAUGACUGGAAUAAGAAAGCAGUUGAGUGCCUUAAAAAACUGGAUCUCUUGCAGUAUUACAGUAAUACCAACGAAUGAAAUAGAGAUUAGGAAUAAAUGUGAUUUUAUUAUUCCAUUAUGGUUCAGUUUAUACUGAUUUAAAUUUUUGGUACAUAGUUAUAAGUUUUAAUAUGUUCUUUUAUAAUAAGUGAUUUUUUUAUCAAGAAAUUAUAAAUAUCUGAAUUUCUUUUUAUUUUAUUUAUUACGUCCACGUCAUCA